AUGAAGCUCAUUACCCUAACAAUAACCACCUUCCUCGCCCUCCUGACCCCAACCGCCCUAGCCUGGGACGAAAGCAUAUCCGAGCGCGAAGACCCCUACACCCGGCUCCUCCUCAAGAACAACCUCACCGAAGAGGUACUCGGCGAACUCUGGCUAAAAGAGGCCUGGGAGAACAAGCACUGCAUCGAUAUUGCGCCAUUCCAGGCAACGUGGAUCACAGUAGAUAGAUGGAACUGCGGGACUCAGCAAUGCACUGCCUUCGAGUCAACAGACUGCACUGGUGAGGGAUAUGCCUUCUUCAGCCGGGGGUUAGAUAAACGUGUCGGGCAGUGGUUGUCGGUCCCGUGGGGGUCUGUGAAAUGUGGGUGGGAGGAUCGUAGUUCUUGCAGUGAGACUGCGCCUAUUACGUCUGCGCCCGGGCAUACGCCGAAGAGGUAG